CCCAGGCCCGGUCGAAUCAAUGGGAGAGCAGUUUCUGUUCAGUCGGCCGAGGUCCGGGGGCCCUCGGGGGCUUCCAGGAGGGCGAGCGCCCGGCGCCGGCCGCCCGCGGGGUCCCCGUCGGCGCCCACUCGCGGGCGCGGGCCGACGCCCCCACGCGGGCGCGCUGCGUCCCCUCGCCGCUGUCGCUGUCGCCGCCCGCCGCCGCCGCCGCCGUGCGGGGGGCCCCGGGGCUGCUCUCGGGCCGCCGCCUGGUUCGCUGCGGCCGCCGAGGACCUGGAGGGGGAGGUGGAAGGGACUGGGCGUCAAGGCCCGCCUCAAAGUUGAGCCGAACUUUGCUGCGAGGGACGCGCGGGGCGCGCGGGCUGCGGAGCUGACCGCGCACCUCUGGGCGGUCUCCCCGGAGGCGGCGGCCACCCCCGACACCCGCCCGCCCCGUCAGUGGCGGCCGCAGGACCGCGCGCACCAGCGAACAAUCGCCGCCCGUGACAUCUCCGCUGACACCUCGCCGCCCGGAGGCGGGGUCCGGGAGGGGGAGGCCACCGCCUGGCACUGCAGUGGGCCUCGUGGACUUUUGGGUCCUGGCACUGCCCCCACCUCCUCGCCGCCGGCGCCCCUUCUUGGUCAGACUCCCUCCGGGCCCUCCUCACCACGGGGCGCGCAGGGCCACCCUUGCAGGCCGGUCAAGUCGGAAGCAUGCCCCUUCCCGAGCCGGGGCUCCCCAGGCUCCCGAAGGGCGCAGAGCCCCUGCCCCGCCGCUUUUAUCCCCUCUAGCCAGCCCGGAGUGGCCCCCCAUCCCCGAGCGUCCGGCGCGCUCGCCGCCGCCGGGGAACUUUGGCGCGCACGCCCCGACCCGGGCGGCGCCGCCGACUCACCUGCCCCUCGGGCCGCUCCGCGUGCCCGGGCUGCCGCCCUCCGGACGCCCCCGACCCCACUACGGGUAUGCCCUGCUUGCCUGGGGGUCAGCCCCCUCUGAGCCAGGUGGAAGCAACACUAGAAAACCCUGUGUCUGGUAAGUC